CUCGAGCACGUGCAUGGGAAUAACUGAUGUUAGAUAAUGUUGUGUGUGUUUAUAUAAAUAAGUGUUACUGCCAACAUUUGCAGAGCUACACACUACACAUGUAGCACGUAUUGUUUUGUUUUUUUGUGUGUGUUUUUAUUUCUCUGCGUCGUGUUAAAUUAAAAUGCGCCUUAUUUAUGCUUAGUGCUGCUUUAAGGGGGAAAUUUAUACUGCGCAUGCGCCAAAACCAACACUUCAGUACGCUGUCUAAACGCAUGUUUAAGGGAUUUGCGUGUUUUGGCAAACGCUUUUGCAUCACCAAAUUGCAUUGAACCGUGUGGAGUCAUGUUUAACAAGUGUAGCUUGAACUUAUGGGGUCAAGCGUAAUAAUUUUCUUUCAGGCAAACACAAAGCUACCUAAAAGGGUCCUCGAGAUCCAGGAAGUACACAGGAAUAGUGAAGCAUGAUGUUUAUUUUUGUUGGAUUUUUUGACUAGAUCUUCACUUAUUUGUGUGUGUGUGUGUGAUAGAGAGACAAAUACUUUCUUCCCUCUUGUUUGUUCACCAUGAACAGGACUCAGCUGAAACGCUCAAGGAUUUUACAGAUGGCUCUGAGUAACUCCGACUCCAUGGAGCAGGAUGGGAAAAACGAGCCAUUUCUUAUGCGCGCAAUAAAGAUCGCGUUUGUGGUGGCUUUGUACUGGUUUGUGUCCAUCACCAUGGUUUUCCUCAACAACUACCUGCUGGACAGUAAAGACUUGGACGCCCCGCUGUUUGUGACGUUUUUCCAGUGUGUAGUGAGCGUGGGACUGUGCUGGAUCAUGAGCUUAAUGUCCUCGUUAAAGCCCGGUUAUGUGGACUUCCCCUCCAUUAAAGUGGACAUGAAGGUGUCCGUGCAGAUUUUGCCCCUGUCUGUGGUCUUCAUCGCCAUGAUCGCCUUCAAUAACUUGUGCCUUAAGCACGUCGGAGUCGCCUUCUACACGGUGGGCCGAUCCCUGAGCACCGUGUUCAACGUCCUGCUGAGUUACGUCAUCCUCAAGCAGACCACGUCACUCUACGCGCUGCUGUGCUGUGGCGUCAUUCUGGGUGGAUUUUGGCUAGGUGUGGAUCAAGAAGACGCCGCUGGCUCUCUCUCCUGGACUGGGGUGAUAUUCGGGGUCCUAGCCAGUGCCUGCGUCUCUUUAAAUGCCAUUUUCACCAAGAAAGUGAUGCCGGUUGUGGAUGGAAGCAUCUGGAAGCUGUCCUACUACAACAACCUGAACGCGUGUGUGCUCUUCCUCCCUCUCAUCCUCGCUUUCGGAGAGCUGCCACGCAUCUUUGGGUUCAGCCGUGUCUCCGACACUCAUUUCUGGGGUAUGAUGGUCCUCGGGGGUAUCUUCGGCUUUGCCAUUGGCUACGUGACAGGCCUGCAGAUUAAAUUCACCAGUCCUCUGACGCACAACGUGUCGGGAACGGCGAAGGCGUGCGCGCAGACUGUCAUUGCUGUUGCGCACGAGCACUCGCACAAGAGCAUUCUGUGGUGGAGCAGCAACAUGAUGGUUCUGGGAGGAUCGUUCGCCUACACCUGGGUCAAAGGACUGGAGAUGAAGAAAGGGAGCACAGGUCAGGACACUGCAGCUACAGGAGAGAAAACUAAAGCAGACACAGGAGUAUGAAGAAUGAAAAGGAAUUUUUUUUUUUUUUAAAUGGUACACUGGACUAAAGUACAGUUAUAAAACAGAAGAAUAUAAAUUAUUAUUAUUAUUAUUAUUAUUUUUUUUUAUUGAUAACAAUUUUAAGCAGGUGAUCAUUUGAAUAGUCAAUAAUUAUGCAAAUCUCUUUAAACGAUCACUUUAUUCCCAGUACAUUUUUUCCAGCACACAUCGAUAACACGACUCUUCCACCAGGCGAGCCAAGCCGACACCUGACACAUACCCACCGCUUCACUUUGCCACUGAAUGAAGGUCUUUUUAUAACCUCUUGUAUAGAGGUGCAAAAGAGGUGCCUUUAAGAAAAAACAUCCACAUGUUUCUCCCACGAGAAGAAUCUCUUGCAGUAGGAGAGUCUUUCAUUUCUGAUGACAUUGUGAAUUACUCUUCCAAUAAACCCAUGAUCCGGCCUCUGGAAAUCUGUAAGAAGGUUGUCGAUCAUGUGACCAUGCAGUUGGAUUUUACUUUCUGUUUCUAGUAAUGUUAAAAUGACACGGACAAACACAAGCAAGAUUUGCACACAACAUUACAAGAUUUGUAGACAUCAUUCCAUGAUUGCUGGAACAAGUUCUCAGUGAAACACUCCUUUGUGUUCAGUUAAAAUGUCUGCUCCAUGAUAGAUAUGCAAAAAGGAUUCCAUGGUCUGAUUUUGUGCAAUAUUGCAGCAUGUAGAAUUUAUUUAAAACUCCGUCUCCACACGUUGAUUCAUGGAUUUAAACUAGAUUUCUUCUGAUAAACUGUUUUCUAACUAUAGCUAGUGUGUAAAGGCGGAUGUACUGGUGGUCUUGUUCCAUGGAAUGACAUUAAAGUCGUUCUUUUAUCAUGAGGGGUUUAUUAAAUAGAUCAAGAUGGUGGUUUUUAUAAACCCCUGACUAGCCCAGAGCAGAGGUUAAGGUUCAGAAUAUCACCUCUGCCUUACAUUCCCAGUAAGACUACAGUGUUGGGUUUGUAGAGUAUGGAAUAUUGUUUUGUGGUAACAGCUGACAUCUCUGGACAGUAUUUAGGAGAAACCCUGAAGAGGAAAAGAUCGGUGAAUGAAACGAGACUUAACUGGCAGCUAACUCGUACCAGCAUACAGUAAAUAUCGGGGUGCACACGGUACUCGUAUGUGUCCGGUACGCAUUUCAAGUGGACUUAAAGACCUAAUGAGUGUGUGUGUGAUGUCUGAAUAUUUUGUUCUUUAUUUGUGUUUUAUCUUAAUCACCUGCGCUGUAGUUAGGAAUGUGGUUUAUUGUGUGUGUGUUUACAUGAAUUCUUUUUUUCCCCCAAAAAAAUCAUGUGUAAGGUGUUUGUUCCGUUUUGAAUGAAAACACUAAUGGAAGAGAUUCUGUAAUUAAACCUAAGUGUGCACCCGAUCGAUCGU